GCGAAGCACACAGGAACCGGAAGUCAUUUGAAGAAGCCUGACUUUAGGAACCUGCUCACCGAACUUGGAAGAUGAGUGUCCGGUAUUUCCUUAAGGCUAGAGGUAGAGGGCCUGGACUACAGGGAAGGUGGACGUGCUUUCCAGUUCCACUGACGUCGUCCCUAUUCCAGGACCUACAGAAUUUUUGCUGUCGGAAAAAAUCCACUGAAUCUGAGAGAAUUAAUAGCAGUUUUGCUUCCUGUGGUAAAAAUGCAAAGGAGUCUGGAAAUGUACUUGAUAAGAUCUUCUCUUCAGAAGAGCAGGCUUCCAUCCUGCAUGUGUUGAAUACAGCAUCUAAUAAAGAACUUGACGCCUUCAGUUUGCUUCGUGGAAGAAAGUCUGUCAAUAUUGUAGAGUACAGAGAAAAGUUUGGGCCAUUUCAGAAUUUGGAGAGUUUGACAAAUGUGCCCUUGUUCCAGCAUAAAACUGUUGUUCAAGUUUGUAACUCAAUUCUUUGUCCCAAGACUGAAAAGACAAAAAAGUUGCCAGAAAAUGUGCAGUUGAGAAAGUUCAUCAAAUCAGAUGUAAAAAGCGAGAGACUUAAGGCAGUUAAUAGUAUCGUGUCCAUUGUUUUUGGUACUCGAAGAAUUGCAUGGGCUCACCUUGAUCGCAAAUUGGCAGUGCUGGACUGGCAGCAUGAUGACUGUUGGAAAUUAAGGGACAAAAUAUACCCAUCAUCAGUUUACUUAGAAGAGAUUUCGUCAGUCAUUUCAAAGAUGCCAGAAGCAGAUUUCUACGUUCUGGAAAAGAUAACACUUUCAUUUCAGAACACAACUCUGUUCCCCAUUCUGUUACAUUUUCAUAUUACAGAAGCCAUGCUGUAUGCUUUACUAGAUAAAACUUUUGCCCAGGAGGGCCAGCAUCAGGUACUGAGCAUGAGUCGCAGUGCAGUUGGGAAGCACUUUGGAUUGAUGCUCGGUGACUCCCGGACUAGUGGAAAAGAACUAGUCAAGCAGUUCAUCUCCGAGUCUGUAAUGAAGAAGGAGCCGAGGGUGUUCUUCCCACUGGAUAAAGUAGUCCACUACAGAGAGAGAUUUUUAUCUGACUCGCACAGAGUAGAAGAGUUGUAUGAUUCAUUAUUACAAGCUAUUGCUUUCUAUGAAGUAGCAGUUUUUGAGAGAGACUUAGAAUUCUGAGUUAAUUUAUAUCCUCUAAUAUUAUAUUUGUAAACUCUAAAAUUGUAAAACCAGCUGUUCUGAACAUCCAUGUUAAAGGAGAAGAAAACAUUUUGAGUAUAUUUUACGUUUUUAAAGUUUGACUUGGUUGUGAAAUGGUAUACACAGUAAGACAAGACCAAAUCAAUAAAUAUUUUAAGAUUUUGAGCCUCUUGGUUUUAAGUGUUAAACAGUAAGGACCCCCCCCCCAAAAAAAAAACUCUUU